AUGCUUAUUCUGAUGAAGUGUCUGUUGUAGCAGCACACAAUUUUUAUUUGUUCUGGUUUAUGCUUAUUUUGAUUAGUUUGGUCAUUUAUUUCAGUGGUUGUCUCAGAUCUAAGUAAGAGUUUGUGACAGGAUGGUUGAAAAACUUUCAAAAGUGGUGCUUGGAAACGAAGAACCUGUUGUGUUGUCCAAUGCUCAAUGAUUACUUGCAGUUAUGUACUAUGCAGACCUUCAACUUCUAGUGGACCAUGUUCUUCGAUCUCCUGUUCUAGCGAAAUCAUACAGUUUGGGUGUGAAUCCGACUAUGAAAUGAGAUGCAUUAACGAGAUGCGCUUGGGUAUUUUUUUUUAUUCUUGUCCCAACAGUUUGAAACCUGGAAUUUUGUUCGUUGGUAUACAUCCAUCCGAGGAUGGCUCUCUUGCUCGUUGCACUCUCAAUCACCACAUACUUCUGAAAUGGAUCUUAAAAUGCAAUAGCAAGCUCUUUGACCUAUCAGUUUCUGACUUAAAACCAAGUGCAGCUACUUCCUAUUUCAAGUGUUGCAGAUUCCUCUUCUUCAAAGACACCACCUGACAAGGACCGGGACUAUGGAGAAGCAUU